GCUCGAGAUGAAUACAUGAACACUUUCGAGCGACACCUGACCUCGAAUGCGACGAGUAACUGCUUUGUCGGCGCGUCUCGAGAGCCGCACCGUUAUGCCGGCUAUAAAGGGAGGCCGCCCGCCGCCCGCCGCAGUUCCGCGCUGACCAUGAGGGCCCACGCGUUCUUGCUCGCGCUGUGCGUGUGCGCGCACCACGCGCGCGCCGCCUCCAUCCCACAAGAUCUCGACAACGUCGACCUCGACGACGACAUCAACGUCGUCAUCGGAAAAGCUGCAGAUAUUCCCGUCAAAGUCAUCGAGGAACCAGUAAUAGAUGAAAACUCAAACGACUACAUACCUCCCGACGACGUGAACGUUGUCGUGAAAAGGAUCGAAGUCGAUUUGAGGAACCCCGGUCCGCCGCAGAGGCAGGAGCACGAAACGCAGAACCCGGACAAUCAAAGCGACAACGACAAAGUCGUCGUCGCGAUCAGACACUCGCUUCAACAGACGGAAGAAGUUUUCAACGAGGGCCUCAAACAUGUCUCCGACAGUUUCAAAACAUUCCUACAGGCCGACGAAGACCUGCCACUGAUUCAACAGAAUAUUAAAAAUUUGAAGGAUACUUUCGCCGGGCAGUUUGAAAAGCUCAACGCAACCAUACGGAGCUAUUUGCCGGUACCCGCCGCGUCUGACGAGAGUGCGGUCAACCCUAAAGCGGAAGUCAUUCAGGCGCAUCUUAAAUUUUUAGACAACAGCUUCCAGCUCGGCGUCGGCACUUUGGCGGAGGGCGUCGAAGUGUACUCGAUAAUCAAAGAGGAAGACGAGGCUGAAAAGGCUAUAGCGCUCAAGGCUGAUUUAAAAGCAGAACCGGAAGUCGCCGCUGCAGCUUCAGAACCGGCGAAACCAGCUGAACAUCCCCCAGCACAGCCCGCACCAGCAAACCCAGCGCCCCCCGCCUCCCCCCCUUUCUUACCAUGGAAUCAAUACUUAACGAAUCUUCAAAAUUCAAUCGGCGGUAUUUUCCAAACUUUAACGUCAUCUAUUACGAAUACCUUUGGAAACAAUAAUAAUCCUAACGGACAAGCUCAAGCGCCGCCCAACCCGGUCGUAAACUUUAUCCAAGGAAUACCGAGCAUCUUCCAGGGAACGAACACCGUCGCUCAACCGCCGGCUGCCACUCCAGAGAAGCCACAGGACCCUCCUGCCAACGCGCAAGCUGACCCCGUUCCCGCGGCCCCGGCUACCCCGGCCCCGUGGAGCCCUCAAGCCAUUCUCCAAUCAGUUCAAACUACUUGGAAUAAUAUUGUUAAUCCCGGUCAAAACAAUCAGCCGCAAAACCAGCAACCGAACCCGCCUCAACAACAACCGACCAACAACAACCCGUUCCAGCAAGCAUAUCAAAACUUUGUAUCGUUCAUAACGCCACAAACGCCACAAGCUCAGCAGCCUGCUAACCCUCAACCGGCAGCACCGGCAGCUGUGCCACCACCACCAGCGACGACGCCCGAGAGUGCUUCGGCCAUCAAACCAGAAGCACCUGUUCAAGGAAGCAACGCAGUACCGGCGCCGGUCAACGACCAGCCGCAACAACAACCUACCCAAGCUAACCCUGCUCCCGUCCAACCUGGUCCGAUUCAACAACUGGUACAAAACAACCCCAUAAUAAAAGGAAUACAGGACGCAGUGCAGAGAAUACAGGGCACGCCCAAUCCAGAGACACCCAGGGAAGAACCAAUAAAAGAAGAGGAAAAAAAAGAGGAGGUCGUCGACCCCAAGGGUCAUGGCGGAUACCGACCCAAUAAUAAUGUGGCUAAUCAAGGCAGUACUGACGACAGCCGGGUAGAAGACAAAGUGGAGGAAAAUCUACAAGACAUCCCCCCGGAAGAGAAGGAGGUCCUAGAGGAACAAAUAAAAGCAGAAGAACUAAAAACCCCAUCGGUUGCCGACAAGACUGAAUAAGUCCUAGUGUGAUACUGGUGUCAACUCGGUAUUGUAGUAAUAUUUAAAUUGACAGACCUAGAAACAACCACUUUUAGAGCUGUAAAUUUAGUGUUACAAAAAAUUUUAUUUUAUUACGAAAAGCUCUGACCGAGUUAACACCAAUCUAGUAAUUAUAAUUUAUUUAUUUUAAGGAAUAGAUAAUGUAAAUAAAAUAAAAUACACUGGGAAAAAUAAAGAAAACUUUUGUAAACGUU